AUGAAGGCUUUCCUUCACUGGUACCACUAUAAACCAUUUUUGGAGAACGUGGUCCAAAAGGCUCACUUUGAAGAGACUGCUGUAGUGACAAGAAAUCCAACUUUGAAGAUUUUGCUUGGCUUGGAAGUCAAAUCAUCAAGGUUGGAGCUGAUGUCUGCUAAUGAGGCCGGUGUUGAGGCUUUUGUUCAAACGGUAUUGACAUACUUAAAGGACAAGAGUUUAGAUGGUCUAGAUGUGACUUGGCUGGAUGGCCCUUCUUCUGCUGAAUCUAGCAGAACCAUAGAGCUAUUCACAAAUUUUCUGAAGCGUCUAAAAGGCGCGUUUGAAGAAGAAACCCAGCCUCUACUUCUGUCAGUGUCUGUACUAGAGCCUGUUGACCACAGUGCAGUCACUUAUAAUGAGCGAACACUUUCACAGUAUGUGGACUUCAUCUCCAUUCUGCCUGCUCACCUCAAAAAGGAUGGACCAUACAUUGACAAAACAGUCCAACACUGGCAGGACCAGCAAGUUGACCUGCAAAAGCUCAAUCUAGCCAUGCCUGCUUUUCAACGCUGGUCACGUCGAAGGCAUCACCACAGGGAUCACCUCGAGCAUGAUGACAUGAAUACAGAGACAGGAAGGAAGGAUCACAUCCACGUUUUGGGCUUAUACCUGGGCGAUCAGGUGUGUCAGGCCAUUAAAAGUGGACAGGAGCGGUUCAUUACUUUAACAAGUCUCUCAAAUGAGCAAAGUCUUGUAGCAGAGGUGCUCCAGAAAGGCUUUGGUGGCAUAGGAGUUGUCUUCAUAGAUCUGGAUGUCUUCUAUAACUCCAUGUGUGCAAACGUUACUCAGGAAGAAGGAGCGAUGGUUGAAUCAAAGGUGAUUCUGCAUUCACAUCAUGAACACAGACGUCAUGAGCAUGGUGGUCAUCAUCACAGGAGGAUCCAUCACCACAGCCGCCACCAGCAUCAUCACUCUCAUCUUCCUUACGGCAGCCAUGGUCACCGUCACCGUCACCAUGGACGCCAUCAACAUGGCCAUCGUCACCAUGGUCACCGUCAUCACCAUCAGCAUCAUCCAAUAAUUCCUCAAAGCAACAUAACCCUGGAAGAACACCAGGGCAUGGAGUGAACUUAAUACAUAAUUUGCAUAUGAUGAAUGUUAAUGAGAGACCUGCUUA